GCCGGAGACCUCGCCUUCAUCGGGACCACCACUUCCAAGCCCGAUUAUCCGGAGCUCGGAGAAUCCUGGCAUAUCGACCGUCCCGCGGCAAUCCUUGAUUCACGGCGCAACACGGAUCUCAAGUCAACUGUGGCAACCCCCGCGGCCGUGUCUAUCCUCCCGUGACGAGAGGCUUCAGCUGAAGCCCUUCCUCUGCCUCGGGCCACACUUCCAUCACGCAGACUCGAGAACGACAUCCACCUCACGCGUUCCCAAGCCCCGCCUAUGGCUGUGCCCAUGCAUGGCACAGGAGAGCCGCAGGCCCCUUGACACCUCAAUCAUACUGCCGGGGAAGUCGCUGCAGGUCGUCGUUGCGCUUUGGAAGUUCGUGCUCUCGGGAGGCGGCACGACGACCAAUAUUGGUCCGUGUAAGCUCUCUGAUUGUUCACUCGAGAGCGUAUGCGCAUGGCCGUCUGAACUAUGCAGGAUCUCGCGAGGUACAAGUUCCUGUCAGGCACGGAUAGAUUGCGGUUCGACUUCGUGAAGAAGGCGCAUUCCCAUUAGGGUACUUCAACCUAUUUGUUGACCGAUAUACGAAGGUGCUGGUCCCAAGCGAGGGCGGUGUUGGCGACCGUGGCAGAGAAGGCGCAGGAGGGCGCGAGGUGAAAGUCGCUUGAGGAUGCGAGGAUAUGGGAGAGCAACAAACGGGCGCAAUACAGGGCCAGGGACGACGGAAGGAGGCUGAGCGGAUCACAUUCGCCAAAAUUGAUCAGCAUGAUCAAGCGAUCUUACAUAUCAUCGAGUUCACGGCAACAGACGCACCCGCCGAAUUGCCGCCGCCCAUGAGCGUACAAGAGGUUGAGCUAUGGCGGUAUCGUCAGCUGGCGCCGGCACGGGCGAAGAUGAAAUGCAGCAGGACAACGACGAAGAUUCGGACGAGGAGAGGAGGACGCGGGAAGAGGAGGAGGAGGAGGAGGAGGGAAGAGAGGGAGCAGAUGCGGGACGUCGAAAGGGCGAGGGCGAUCCAGGCGAGCUCGCUUGGCGCAGGUGGGCCGAUGAAGAUCGAAACAGACUAUUGGGCGCAAAAGCCAAGGCAUCUGCUACCACGAGCUGUACAAAAUGUCGCCAGCAGAUCCCCGUUGACGAACUCACGGAGCACAUGCGCAUCGAGCUGCUCGAUCCGCGUUGGAAGUUGCAGCGAGACGCGCUUGAGGCUUGCAAGGCGCAGACGCCCGAGCUGCAGCGCGGCGCGAACGUGGUCUCUCCGCUCAAAACGCUCGCGCGCACGCCUGUGGAUGUCUUCGGAGCCGCCCCCACUUUGGGACGUUCAAUGGUGCGAGUAGUUCGUGAGCCAUUGCGAGGACACCCGAACUGGGUCCGGACCGUGGCUUUCUCGCCCGACGGGAAGCAUAUCGCCUCUGGAUCGAGCGACGUGACGAUCCGACCUUGGGACGCCGAGACAGGCAAGCCAGUCGGAGAGCCACUGCUAGGCCACGAUCAUUGGGUUCGGUCUGUUGCCUAUUCCCCGGACGACACGCGCAUGGUUUCCGGAUUCCAGGGUAAGAACAUCCGGGUCUGGGACGCGCAGACGAGACAGACGGUGUUGGGGCCGUUGCGAGAGCACAGACGCGAGGUCUUUAGCGUUUCUUUGUCACCGGAUGGCCAGAACAUCGUCUCCGGUUCCUUCGGGGGCAUGAUCCGAAUAUGGGAUGCGCACUCGGAACAGACUGUGGCGGGAUCGUUCGUGGGGAGCAGCAACAGCGUAUGGUCUGUUGUGUUCUCGCCCGAUGGCAAGCGCGUCGUUUCUGGCGGUGAAGACGGUUUGGUAAAGGUUUGGGACGCGGAGAACGAUUAG